AUGCAUACCAAAAAACGCAAGAUUCUUAUACCAGAGAAGGUGUCACCGGACGGCCUGGCGCUACUAAAAGACGAGUUCGACGUGGACGAAAAGAAGGGACUCAGCCCUGAAGAACUCAAGAGUAUCAUUGGCGAAUAUGAUGCAUUGAUUGUCCGAUCCGAGACCAAGGUGACGGCAGAUCUUUUGAAGGCAGCCAAGAAUAUGAAAGUGGUAGCCCGUGCGGGCGUUGGUGUUGACAAUGUUGAUGUUCAAAGCGCCACUCAACACGGCAUCAUUGUCGUAAACUCACCCUCUGGGAACAUCAAUGCUGCAGCGGAGCACACUAUUGCGCUGUUGAUGGCUGUUGCCCGGAAUGUUGGCGAUGCUUCACAAAGCAUCAAGGCGGGCAAGUGGGAGCGUGGUCGGCUCGUAGGGGUUGAGGCCAAAGGAAAAACCCUUGCUAUUGUGGGCCUAGGCAAAGUUGGUCUCACAGUCGCUCGGAUUGCUAAUGGCCUGGGCAUGAGACUCAUCGCAUACGAUCCCUAUGCCAAUCCGAACCUGGCAGCAGCGGCGUCAGUGACGCUCAAGCCUAGUCUUGCUGAGAUUUUGAAAGAAGCAGAUUUCUUGACGCUUCACACACCUCUCAUAGCUUCAACCAAAGGUAUGAUUGGAAAAGCUGAGCUAGAGACGAUGAAGCCCACUGCGCGGAUUCUAAAUGUUGCGCGAGGCGGAAUGAUUGAUGAAGAUGCUCUGGUCGAAGCUUUGGACGCUGGUAAGAUUGCAGGAGCUGGAAUCGACGUCUUCACUUCGGAGCCUCCUGAACCAAACUCAUCUGCGACUCGGUUGAUCGCGCAUCCAAAGGUGGUCGCAACACCCCAUCUCGGUGCUUCAACCACAGAAGCCCAAGAAAAUGUCUCCAUUGAUGUAUGCGAGCAAGUGGUGUCCAUUUUGUCUGGGGAGCUUCCUCGCACGGCAGUCAAUGCCCCUAUAGUCCUUCCAGAGGAAUACCGUACACUGCAGCCCUUUAUCAGUCUCGUUGAGAAGAUGGGUAGUUUGUACACGCAACACUACUCCAGCGUCAAGAAGGAUUCCUUCCGCACAACCUUUGAUCUGACAUACGAAGGAAAGCUCGCAACCAUCAACACCACCAAGCCUCUCUUCGCCGCACUAGUCAAAGGCCUUCUGACCCCCAUCACCUCAAGCGACGGCCUCAACAUCAACAUUGUCAACGCCGAGAUCCUAGCCAAAGAACGCGGCAUCCUCAUCAACGAGCAGCGUUCACGCGAGAACGUCGAAGACAAGCCCUACGCCUCCUUCAUCACCCUCCGCGCCCGCGCCUCGCGCUCCGUAUCCCAGCAAUCUCGCUCCAGCAUCAUCCAAGGCUUCGUCUCCGGCAACCGCCCCUUCAUCUCGCGCCUGGACCGCUUCAAAGGCGAGUUCGUGCCGCGUGGCACCCUCAUCAUCUGUCGGAAUUUCGACUCCGUCGGCAAGAUUGGCUAUGUGGGGAAUCUCUUGGGCAAGGCGGGCGUCAAUAUCAAGUUUAUGAAUGUGGCGCCGUUGGAUGAGGAGGUCGAGGAGCAGCGGUUGAAUGGGCUUGAUGGUGGAGUUGGUGAGGGGAAGGAGGGGGGUAGUAAGGAGGCGUUGAUGAUUUUGGGCGUGGAUAAGCCGGUUGGGGAGGAGGUGCUGAAGAGGUUGAUUGGAGAGGAAGGCGUGUUGGAGGCGAGUGUUGUGAAUUUUUGA